CUGUCCAGCAUCAGUCCCUCUCUCUACUGCCAGUGACAAAGACCAUGGCGCUCCUGUUACUUAUUACCCUCGCCCUCACCCUCCUCUUCACUCCAACCACAAGCAUUAACACGGUCGACACAGGUACCUCUUAUAUCCAGUCAGAUGGUCACGAAGUUCGAGCAAGCCUCUUCGUCAACCAGCUGGCGAUUAUGGAACUGGUCAGCCAACUGAAGCACGGGGUUGGAAUCUCCACUACCUCAUGCCAAGCCUUGGAGGAGAACUUGGUGAGCAUAUCGUCGAAGGUGAACGAGACGUCGUCAACAGUGUCGCAACUCUCUCAAGAAAACACAGCAGACAGCAUCAGCAUGAGGGAGGCGCUGGCGGAGGUGCAGCAGCAACAGACUGACUUGGCUACUUCCCUCCACAACCAACACACAGGUUCGAACCCAAUUUGCCACCUAAUUUUACUUAAGGAUUUAAGAACAUAAGAAAGGAAGAAACUG